AUGGUCUCAGCGCACUUGCCACUCGUUCCAUGCCUCCUCUUGUCUUAUUCUCUUGCUGGUCUCGCAGCACCUGCUAUCUCUGGUUACUCAGCUUCGAUUGUCACUGAGUCCAUAAUCAAGCUACCCACCCUCCCAUCAGGACCCAAUGCAGGUAGCGCGACCCCAAGCCCAACGUCUCCGGUGCCCAGUGCCGCCCCAUCGAGUGCUGUGGAAGCCAUAGACUCGAAACUCUCAGCAGGCUCUCUGACAUGGAUUGCGACGACGGAGACCAUCCUGCUUAUGCCGUCACAGCCCGGGAUUUCCGUUUCAGGUAACUUGGCCAAGCCAUCUCCUUCGCCUGUCGCAUUCAACGCUGCUGCAACGUCGACCGCACGGAUAUCAAGCUCCCUUCAUGAAGAUGCUGUUGCCUCGAGUAGUACGACAGAUUCUUCUGCGACACGACUAGCGUCAGGGUCCUCAGGUGCCAUUCUGUCGGCUUCUAGGACCACUCUCUAUGUUCCGCCCUCAUUUUCAAGCACUAAGUCUGCAGGUGUGCAGGCUAUGGUCUCGUCACCAUCAAGAUCCAUCUCUGCUACUUCAGAGACCCCCAGCAGCUCCUCAGCGACACCCUCUUCGACAAUUUCAAGACCUGUCGCUACGGACAUUACCGAUCCCAAUCCGACAGACGAAGAUCAAGCGACCUCCAAUGCAGCAAGCCAGCAGGCGCGCAGAUCAGCUAUCCUCGCAGCGUUCUUAGUCAUUGGAACGUUCUCCAUGCUUGCAAUAGCUAUGGCUUGUAUGCGUUGCAAGCUUCCCUCACGGCUUCGUCGCGUCAAACGGCAGAAUCGAGAAGUCCGUUUCGAUCUUUCGAAUCUUGAAGAAGGGCAAAAGGUCCCUCCGUCGCCUGCAGCUGUGGAUCUGGAUGAGAAGAAUAGCCUUGUUCCUGGUCCCCCAGAAAUUCAAGACAUUACGCUACCCACUUUAUCGCAGCAACCUUCUGCCAUCGGAAACACUAAUGCUUACCUGGCGUCAUCUGAACCAUCCUCCGACUGGCGAGUGUUCGCGUCAAAUUUGGACGGUCAGUUUGAGGACGUGACACAUAUACUCUCGUCAAACGUGUUCGCGCCGCUCGAUCGUACCGGCGGCUCACCUGGGAAGAACUCAAUCUUGUCAGCUUCAUCAAAUCCGGAGUCCGAGGAAUCGCGCCCUUCGGGUCGUGCUAGCGGCGGCUCGGCAAGCCUCACGGGUGUGUCCUACAAGUCAUGCGAGUCGCGCUACUCCACUCCAAGCAUCAAACGCUAUUCCCGUGACGGCCCUCAAAAGUCGGAAUCCAUGACGCCCUCGUUCUCGUUCUGCGACUCGCCAGCCACAUCGGACGCCGUCCGGACGCCUGACCUCAGCAAAACGGCGGAUGCCACGGCUGGCGUUGUGGGUAGCGACGAGCCGCACGUCCUGACUCGCGGGCUUCGCGACUCGGAGGAUGUGGACUUUAGCUCCGAGUGGGACGUUGCAAGAGCAUACGGUGCACAUAGCAGUAUUGGAAAGGAGUCUGUGCUUGGUGCUGUUGCUGAGACGAUGGAGCCUGUCGAGGUUGGUGGGCGCAAGUGUGUUUUGGUACAGGGAUGAGCGCGUUCACAGCGGUCGAUAUGAUGCGCUGUGUGAGUAGACGAGUCAAGUGAUCGUAAUACACCUUUGGCACGCAUCUUGCAC